AUGGCAAAAGGAGAUACUGGUGUGCGCUGCUUCCAGGGCUUACUAAUUCUAGGAAAUGUUGUCAUAGGGUGUUGUGGCCUUGCACUCAUGGCUGAAUGUAUAUUCUUCGUGUCAGAUCAACACUCACUAUAUCCAUUGCUAGAAGCUACAGACAAUGAUGAUAUCUUUGGUGCUGCCUGGAUUGGGAUCUUCACUGGUUUCUGUUUCUUUUGUCUAUCUGUUCUUGGUAUUGUUGGUGUCAUAAAGUCAAGCAGGACAAUGCUGUUAGUGUACAUCAUCCUGAUGAUCAUUGUCUUUGCCUUUGAAGUGGCCUCUAGUAUCACAGCAACAGUGCAUCGGGAUUUCCUUACUCUUGAACUUUUCAUGAAGCAAAUGUUGGAAAAAUACCAGAAUCCAGACCCAGUCAACAAUGAUGACAAAUGGAAGAGUGAAGGUAUUACCAGGACAUGGAAUCGUCUCAUGUUGCAGAAUAAAUGCUGUGGUGUGAAUGGCCCAACAGACUGGCAAACAUAUACCUCCAUUUUUCGGACAGUGAACAAUGAUGCAGAUUUUCCCUGGCCACGACAGUGCUGUGUUAUGGAUCUCCUAGGAAAGGCAAUCAACUUGGAUGGCUGCAAAUUAGGGGUGUCUGGCUAUUACCAUGACACAGGCUGCUAUGAAACUAUUGUUGGCCCCAUGAACAGACAUGCCUGGGGUGUUGCCUGGUUUGGCUUUGCCAUUCUGUGCUGGACUACAUGGGUCCUCCUUUGUACAAUGUUCUACUGGAGCAGAAUUGAAUAUUAA